UGGCUCAACGUCUGGAAGGGAAGAUUUGGUCUGUAGUGGAGGACAUCUGCAUGAACCUAAUAGAGCUGGGGGUGAAGGCCACAAGGAUGAAUUCACCCUCAGUGGAUUAGAGAAGACGCCCAGGAGAGGAACGCUACGAGCAGUCUGAAGAAAGACAUCAUUGAUGCUGUCAGAGUGAAUCACAUCCAGUUUGGGAACUGUCCUGUUGGAAGGGCUGCCGCAGGACCUUCACCAUCACCAACCACACCCGUACGAAGGUCAUGCGCUUUGAGUGGGAGGCAGGAGCCCCAUUCCAGUUCUCCCCCAAGGUGGGACACCUCCAUCCUGGCUGUGCCAAGGGCAUCACAGUGACCUUGAAAUCAGAUGUCUCAGCCACCUUCAGGAGGCACCUUGUGAAAUGUAAGGUGACCAAGAUCAACUUUGAGCUGCCACGAAGGAAGGUUCCUGACUGGGAUGACCAAAUGUCCAUUGUCACGUGGAAGGAUACCACCAGGAAAGACCUGGCAGCCAGGUGGCCUAAAAAAGAGAAGGUGAUCAAGACAGUCCCAGAACCGGCUCACACUGUGGUGGAGGAGAGCAGCCAGGAGGUCGAGGUGUACCUCAGUGCCAUUGUUGUCUACGCCCAGUUCAAGCUGAACACGGUCAUGGUUCAGUUCAAGGAUACCAAGCCCUUCCAGACAAGGACAACCACUUUCAGGCUAUGCAACACGGGGAAGGUAGCCCUGGAAUACUCCUGGGAGAAAGCUGCAGACAGUGAAGCAGUGAAGGAGCCAUUCUCAACUGCUCUGAUGCGUCCGUGCCUCUCUGCUACUCUAAGGCGUUGCAGAAAGCUGCUGCAUCAUUUUAGGUGGCAGCAGGAGCAUCCUUUUAAAACGCAUCUUUUUGAGCUGCAGCGGCUGCAGCUGCAGCAGCAGCAGUAUUACAAGCAGCAGCUGCAGCAGCCUGAGCAGCAGGACUGUUCCAAGAAGCUACUCUACUCAAAGCGUGUCGGUUCCUCCCUGGAAAUCUUCCCAGAUGUCAUUCAUGGCCUGCCACUGUUCUCCAUCAACCCCUACCAUGGCAUCCUUGCUCCUGGCCAGAAGCAGACCUUUCAUGUGCACUUCUCCCCGAGGUGCACGGGGAUGUUUCAGACCACCAUACUGUGCAGGAUUCCUAACCUGAAGCCAGCUCAGAAGAUGGGGCAGGUGAUUGUGAAAGGCAGAUCCCAGGAGCAGAAGAGUCUUGGUGAACCAUUACAGCAGACAGAGAAAGGCCAGGGACCCAAGAAGGAGGUGCUCAGGAAACCAACACCCGAGGGACAGCAUUUAUGUCAGCUGGAGUAUCUGGCAGGAGCUGGCAACACUGUGCCUUCUGCUGCUGAUGGUCUCCCACCCUUCACCGGAGACCUCUGCAGCUACCCUUCCAAGCUCCAGUGAACACAUCUAACUUAUCUUUUAAUUACCUACAUUAAUUAACUACUUGUUCAUUAGAUUGAUAGUUAACUGACAAUUAAUAAUUGUCAAUUAAUUGUUAAUUGUUAAUAAACAACCGUUAAUAAAUU